CAUCCCUUCCUCUUUUCAAGGGUUUCCUGUCCGUGCUGUCUCUUGGCUCUGUCCCCAGCACCCGGCCCCUCCCGCGGGGACCCCAGCGCCCGGCAGACACCCCAGCCAGACACCUCCGCACCCCAGCACCAUGGGACCUCCGGGCCCCCAACCCCUCCACGCCCUACUGGGCUUGGCCUGGGCGCUGCUGGGUUCUGUUAACGCACAGAGAGAUUGCACUGGCUGCCCCCAGCUGAGCGGGGGGCUGAUCGCGGGGCUGGUCGUGGGGGACCUGCUGCUGACGCUGCUCAUCGCUGUGGCUGUCUACUGCGUGGCUGGCAAGAUCCACCUCUCGCGGGGCAGCGCACAGGGGGAGGCCAAGAAGCCCGCCGCCCCUGAGACGGAGUCGCCGUACCAGGAGCUCCAGGGUCAGAGGAUGGAUAUUUAUAGUGACCUGAAGAAAUCGGGAGCCAAUUAUUAAUGCCCCGUCUCCGUCUCACGCCCGCUCUGCACCCAAGCGGCUGGUGCCAGCGUUUCAAAUCCAUGCAGCCUUCAUUGUUUAUCUCCAUGCCACCCGCUCUGAGCACCGUUCCGUGCAAACAUGCAGCCCCCCUAAAUCUGCAGCAUUGAUCCCACCCCGCAUAGGUGCCGACUCCGUGGGUGCUCCGGGGCUGGAGCACCAAUGGGGAAAAAUUCCCCACCCCAGCUCACCUCCGCCUCCUCCCCUGAGCACCCCGCCGCAUCCUUCUUCUCCCUCCUCCCUCCCAGCGCUUGUGCCGCGAAACAGCUGUUUCGCGUGGCAAGCAUUGGGAGGGAGGGGGAGGAGGAGGAAUGCGCCACGCUCAGGGAAGAGGCGAAACCGGGGUGGGGA